AUGGAUGUCCAGGCACGAAUCAAGUCUGGCUUUAGGGACAGAUUUGGUUUUGUAGAAGCCGUGUUACCUACUAAGUCGGGUCUCAGCUUUCUUGCCAGAUUUACCAAUGAGUCCUCUGUACAUAAUGCACUUCAAACGGAAGGCAGUCUCGUCAUCAACCAUCUUAUAUUGAGCAUCAAACCUGCAUAUAAAUCAAAAUGGCUCGCCGUAUGGGGCAGAAAUCGACGAGGGUCCUCCGGGCAGCAAAGAUUCGGCUCUUCGAGCAGACCGGGACAGGGAUCGGUCGUUGGUCAACCGCCGCUGAACUAUAUGGAGCCGGCCAGGCCUUUCGAGCAGGAGCCAUACAAGCCACCGCCACCUUUCAUGCCGCCAAACCUACCGGCGAUGCCUCAUGCGGACAAUGCAUACUUGCCUAAGCCAGGUGAUCCUUCAGUCUCUGGAUUUUUCCCUGCUCAAGCGAUGGCCUCAAAAGCGGCGAUGCCCGUUGCCCCAAUCCCUAGUCAAAUUCCAGGCCAAGCUGACACUGUGGUUGCAACGCGUUCACCAUCAAGGCCCUCGCAGGGAGGGAGCAGUAGGAGAAAACAGAAGGCUUCCGUUCUCCAGGUCGAGGAUUCCCAAACGAAGCCACCUGCUGUUGAAGUUUUGAAUGAUGGGAAGUCUUUUCAGGGCAAAUCCGAAACUAAACCAGCUAGUGUCAGAGUGGCACUGCCAAGCGAAACAACCGCUCCCGCGCCUCUGAACCCGAGCCUUGACGACAAGUUCCCUCCAGAUAACAUUACCGACAAGAAGUCAAACGAAGGAGCGAGGCAAAGUGAACAGGGAGAACCCGAGCCACAAACUCGUGGUCUCGAUGCCCCGCUUCGAAAGAUGUCUAUGGAAGGCUUAAUCCAAGCUCCGCUGGAGCAGCCAGCGAAACCAGGCAAGGAGAAAAGUCAUGGGCGCCGAGAAGAUGAGAGUUCGUCUGAGAAUUGGCAGCUGAACUACCAAGGGCUUGACGGGGCCAACUUAUCGAGGAUCGAAUCGGAAUCAUCAAGCCAGCAUCCUAGAGCAGGGCCGGACGUCACACCUGUAGAAAAGCAACCUAGAAAGCAGGAAAAGCAACCUAAAAAGCAGGAAAAGCAACCUGAAAAACAGGAAAAGCAACCUGAAAAGCAGGAAGAGCAACCUAAAAGAGAGGAAGGCUCGGAGCCUACGGCGCCGGGCCAUUACAGGCUUCCGAGCAUCUUCACUGAAGAAGAAAUCAAGGGCAGGAAGCAAGCUUGGGAUCGGAUCCCGAUGCCUUUGAACCCUCAAAAAGCAAAGAAACGGAACCUCCCAAUUUCAGCUAAGCCAGCCUCAUCAGCAUCCAAAGUUCACGCUGUCGAGGAUAAGCUUCAGACCUCCGAAGGUAAAACUCACACCGUGGAGGGAAAUCAAACCCCUCGCCCGCUUCCGAAAACCCAGCCUCCACCACUUCAGCAAACCAAGGCCGAUCAGUCGGUAGACCCUUCUGGAUUUCAGCUCGUAUCGCCAAGAAGAAAGAAGAUGUGGAAAGGGAAGCAGAAUCCUCAGACAUUGACGAUUCGGGAGAAUCAGCGCCGAGGUGUUGAGAGUCAGAUCACGAACUUCUUCGGCUUACUUCCAGGCCAACAAGUUACAAUCGAAGCAGAAGAACAUAGUACCGAGGAGAUUAAAUCACCUGAUGUCUCAAGCAACCCUCCUCCCAAGGGAAAUGAGUCUAGUCAAGCCGCGCCCCUGAACGAAACACCGCCUACCGAGCAGAGCCAACCAAAGAACAAAAAGAAGAAGAAGAACAAGAAGACCAAGAGAAAUCAGUCGGUUUCUUCGUUAGUGGCAACCGAAGAGCCUUGCGCGACAGAGAAACUUCCCGAAGAAACCAACCCAACCCACAGUUCUGAAUCCCCCAAAACCGACUGUAAGGCGGAUGAUCCCCAAAUUCCGUCCGAUGGAAACAAGCCCAGCGAGACACCUGACUCUUCUGGUCAUGACACUCUGGGAUUCAAGGCUGGGGCACCAUUUGGAAGUGGAGGUACCUUGAAGAUGCCAAAGAAACGAGCAAAGCGGCCUCAAGUCACAGACUCACACUGGGAGCCGCAGAAAGGCCCCGAGAUAAAAACCCCUACCGGCGCUGGACAGUCGGGCUUGGAGAGCGAAGCCUCAUCACCAAAGGUGCCCACACCUACGAGUGAAACAAGCAGUGGGCUGAAUCCACUUGCGGCCGACUUUGUAUCUCCUCCUGCAGAGAACCAAUCCUCGGAUGAAGACAGUGACAUGAGCCUCAUGUUGGGGGUGUUUGGGCAGCUGGCUCAGAAUAAACGAGAGAUGAAGGCACGCAAUACUCGAGAGAUGGAGGCACGCAAUAAACGAGAGAAAAGGGCAAGCGGAAGCAGCUCCUCCGAAACGAUUGACUUUGAAGAGGGCAAAUACAUGAGGCAGCAUACUUGUGACGACCAAACUUCCUGCAGAUCCCGCUCAGAAUCUCUGCCACAUAUAAUUUUCACAAAGGGGAAGCAACCAGAGAUAAAAUUCGGGAAAGGAAAAGAGCCCAUGGGUCCUGCGACGAAAAUUGAAGAAGGUCCGGCGAUGAAAAAGAAAGAAGAGCCCCAAGCAGACCCUGGUGACCCCGGUGACCCCGGUGAUCCUGAUGAACCUGGAGAUCAGCCCGGUUUAGUCAACGACUCGUGGCCAAAGCUUCCUCCGCGAGAGCUUCUUACUCAAGACAUGUUACUGAACGACGCACCUGCGGCAUGGAAAAGACGAUAA